AUGGGCUCCAUUAAAAAUAGCCAGGAGGUCCUUCAGGGCGAGGGCACCGCCAUGCCCGCUUUCCUCAGCACCGAGCCGCCAGCAGACAUGAACUGGCAGGUGACGCUGAAGGACAAGGUCAUUGCAAUCACUGGAGCGAACCGCGGCAUCGGCCUGGGCAUCGCCGAAGUCUGCCUGGCCAACUCGGCCAAAGCCGUCUACUCCCUCGACAUCCUGGAGCCAGGUGACGACUUCCACGCCCUGGCAAAGCGACACCCGCACAUCCAGCACAUCCACACCGACGUCACCGACGAAUCCAGCAUCGAAGCCGCGCUCGACGCCAUCGAGGCCGCGUCCGGCCCUCUCCACGGCUUCGUCGCCAACGCGGGCAUGACGAAGCACCAGCCCGCGCUGGACUUCAGCCGCGCCCAGGUCGAGCAGCUCUUCACGCUCAACGUCUUCGGCGCCCUCUCGUGCGCCCAGGCCGCCGCCCGUCGCUUCAUCAAGCACGCCGUCCGGGGCGCCGUCGUCUUCACCGCGAGCAUGACGUCGUACCGCCCCAACCGCGCCGCCCCGAGCGCCCCGUACGGCGCCACAAAGGCCGCCGUCCGCAACAUGACGCACACGCUCGCCAUGGAGUGGGCCAAGCACGGCAUCCGCGUCAACUCCGUCUCGCCCGGCUUCGUGCGCACCGCCAUGACUUACUAUGUCGAGAAGAACCCCGACUGGCCCGACAAGAUGAAGAAUUACGGCGGCAUGCCGCGCUUGGCCAACCCGCAGGAGCUGGGCGGCGCCUAUGUCUAUCUGUUGAGCGAUGUGGCGAGCUAUACCACCGGCAUCGACAUCCCGAUUGCAGGCAUCGUAGGCGCCUGGUAG